AAAGGAAACAUCACCGCGCGCCAGUUGCUUCCUCUCUCUCAUUCUCACAGCUUCAUAAAUUCACUCUCUGAAAUUUCUUACAUUCUCAAAAACGACAAGAAAACCAAGGAUCGCGAUUCUCUCCAAAACGACACUCUCAAGUAUUGCGUUUCAUCACCGGUAAAGCUUUCUUCUCCAAAACUAAAAAAACGCCCAAAAUUCUGAAAAUGGAUAGCUCAAAAGCCUCUGAAUUGGCAAUGGAUUUCCCUCAAUAUCGUCGAUCCCAAUUGAGUAGCAACACUUACCAUGCACUCAUUCACCUCCUCUCUCACAUUUCUUCGUACAACGCUUCAAUUCAACCCCUCAACAUUCCCGAUAAUGGCAGCGGUAGAAUGGAUUAAGAAAACCAGGAAAAAGAAUGUUGAUUCUGAUUUUUUGGAUCCCAAGGACCCUAUAGGCCCGAAGGAUAUAUUGGAGGUCCAGGAAACCAUUGAGGGGGUUGGAGACAAGGAUAUGGAUUUUACUUCCAACAAGAUGGUCCUAGAUGAUAUAGUACAUAUGAUGGGAAUAGAGGACAUGUCUACCCAAGCAAAUGGUUUUGAUAAGGAGCAGAAGCUAAUGAUUGAGUUUGAGCAGGUUAUGAAAGGAACUGAAAAUCUUAUUUGUGAUAGUGAUUUAAUCCCCCUGAAUUUGGGAUUAGAUAAGACACACAGUGAUGGUGGUGAAGUUGAGCCGAUGGAUUACCAAGUAGAAAUGGAAGAGGGAGAGAUUUCUGGAGACUUGGGAAUAGAUGGCAAUUCAUUUGAUGUGGCUUCUGCAGAUGCUUUAAUUUUAGAACAGAUGGAAGUAGAUGAGGUUCAGAAGUCUGAAAAUGUAACUGGAAACAUGGUAUAUCCUUCUAAGAUUGGGAAUCAAGAAAAGGAAAAAGGCUAUGACUCUAAAUCUUCUUUGGUAAAUGCACUUCAAGAUGAGAAUAAUAGUGGAACUGUGGAAGUAGCAAGAGAGGGAUUGUAUGCGGAGUUGGAGUAGCAAUUUCAAAAGAAACUAAAGAAUGUCAGAAGGAAGAUAAAACAAAGGGGAUGAUUGCCCAUUUGAUCACCAGCUCUCAAAAUAUCCUUGUUCCAAUUUUGUGUCCAAAGGCUCUUGUUAUAGAGGUGAUGCUUGCCUAUUUUCUCACCAGGUACCAACCAAAGAAGAUAUCCCUACACCUUCAAAUAUGUGCAGACGUGAGUUGUCUCCACUUCUGUCCGGAAAUGCAAAUUCGAGCACACCACUUAACAACAAUCAUGGCUCUAGUUCUGUCCAGAAAAACCACUCUAGCGGGAAAUCAUCCUUCCACCAGUGUUGAACAUAAGGUGACAAACACUGUACAGAAACAGCCAAGACCACCUAAAGGAAUUAAUUUCAUCGAUCUUGCAAAAUUAUCACCCAGUUCACUGAAACAAAGCACAGUAACGACCAAGGAAAGUCCUGUUCAAAUUGGGACCCGUGAAGAUCAAAAUGUGUCUCACAAAACUCAAAACAAGGUGGACAUUCCUAAGAAAUUGCCAACUGUGACACCUAAGGGAAUAAACUUUCUUUCUUUUGGCAAAGACUCUGUCUGCAGUUUUAAAAAUGUGUAUAGGGAAAAUGGCAUCAAGUUGCCUCAGUUAUUCAAUUCUGGUUUGCCUGAGCAGGCAAAAUCCUCACUAAAUAAAGAUGAUUACAACAAAGCUAGUGACAGAACAAAACAAAAUGUACCAGACUGAUAUAUUCUUAGGUGAGAUCUUAGGAAAAAAAAUCAAUCUGUGGCAGAAGAAAUGAAAUCAAAGCUUCCGGAGAAAACCUCAGUAGAUGUUUUUAUGACGGAUCACAGCUAUAGUGAAUCAGUUCAAGAGGGUAAAAUGUCAUUUUAUAAUUCUCAGAGUUCAAAAGGCCAAAAGGCGCACUCUUAUCAACUCUAGCUUUUGCAGCUGAGCAUGAAUCUGACAUUAAGAUGAAAUACCAUACUGGUGCUGAAAGAAAUUUUUGUUGAAGUUUCAAAACAAGGCACUUCCCAAUUUUGUAGAAGAUAACCAGGUGGUAGUUUAGUUAUGUGCUGAGCUGUAAUCUUUCAGCAAUAUUACUCUCGAACCGUUUUUUUUUUAUUGGAACAUAUGAUUGAACGUAUAUAAUAGCACUCAUUUACAGUCCAUGGAGUAUUAAUGACAAUUGUAUAUAAUAGCAGUCAUUUAUACUCA